CUAAAAGUUGUAAGACUAUUUGAAUAGAUUAUAUAAGCUAUGAAUUUGACCUGUCAUUUUUAUGGAAAACUAUAGACUUUCAACGCCGAAUGGAAUAGGGAGCGACGCGUAAAAACGAGAGAUGCGAAUCCCCUGAUGAAUCCAGUGAUAGCCUGGCUGGGUACGUAUCGCAGAGAUGCCUCCGAAGCAGAGAAAGAUUGCAAUCAUGGGAUUUCGUUCUGUCGGGAAGUCUUCCCUGACCAUACAGUUUGUUGAUGGGCAGUUUGUGGAGUCCUAUGACCCUACUGUUGAAAACACAUUCACAAAGCGUAUAAAAGUGCGAGGACAAGAGUAUGAGCUGAAAUUGGUUGACACUGCUGGGCAAGAUGAAUAUGAUAUAUUCCCAUCUGCCAUUGCAAUGGACACCCAUGGAUAUCUCUUAGUUUACUCCACCACAUCAGCAAAGAGUUAUGAGGUUGUUCAAGUUAUUUAUGAGAAACUGAUUGACAUGACUGGGAAAGCCAGUGUACCAAUAGCACUGGUCGGGAACAAGACAGACCUGCAUCUUGAAAGAGUGAUACCAUUUGAGGAGGGGAAGAAGCUAGCAGAUUCUUGGAAAGUUCCAUUCCUUGAAGCCUCAGCAAAGGAGAAUGAGAGUGCAGCACGCGUAUUCCAGACUUUGAUCCAAGUGAUUGAAGAAGCUGAUGGGACUGGUUCGCAAGAAAAGUCGUCAUGCAUCUUAUCAUAAUAUUUGUGUCUACAUGGAAUGCAAUGCAUCCAUUGCUGGCAUUCAUUGAGACCAUGACACUCAAGGCUGAAAAGAGAAAGGCAAGUUGGGAGAAAAACACAAGAAAGGACAGGUCCAAGGUGCUACAAGUCUCAUGCUUUUAUUUUUUUUUGCUUCUCUUUUUGUAUCAGCAGGCAUCAGUAAUUUAAGUUCUGUUGCUCCAUAGUGCUAGUCAUCAAAAUAUUGCUAAGCUCACAGUCACAUAUUGGCCUGUGCUGAUGGGAGCAAUUUGUAGACCCAACUUGCUCAUUGGCAUUGACUUAAUCAUGGUGCAUAUAGAGUGCAUUCUAUGCAAAUUUCAAGUCUCAAUUUUCAUUUCAUGGACAAACCAUUAUAAAUACCAAUAUCUGGCAUUUUGUUCUCUUUAGUUAUCUAAUGCUCUCUUUCUCACUUGGGGUAUAGCAUUAAUGUAUAUGCAGUGGGUAACCUUAGGUUUUUAUUUUGAAGCUGAAUUAAUUGUAAAGAUCAGACUUAUUUCAUGCGUGCUCUUCUUAGGUCUGCUUUCUUAAAGUGCUGUUAGAAGCAGAGGCACAAUUUUUUUCUCAGAGCUAGUCUUGUGAAAUUCAUCAUGAUUGUGCCUUCUUAUCAAGACUUGCCUUUUUGCAGCCAAUCACCUUGGGGCUCUGAAUGAUGAUGCAUUCUUCUCAUUAUGCCUGAAGCAUGAAACAUUUGAGGAGGUUGUCAAUUUAAUGAUAUUAAUUGGCUAAUUAAUUAUUUCAGGUUGUAUCUUGUGAGGUAAAUUUGAUUUUCAAUUCGUUCCUGAAUCUCUUGAAUGGAUCCCAUUUAGGCUAUGUUGUGACUUUUUUUUCAAUCCCACUUAUACUUCUGAUAUAUGAGAAAAUGAAAUUGAAGCUAUGGAUCAAUAGGAUGGGAUCAGAUUAAAUGAAAGUAUCUUUAUGGUAGUCAUGCUGGGAGAUUAUUGCUCAUAAAUUGUGUUUUUAGUAGAAACAUGAUGUUGGCUACUAUUUUGUUAUAUUGCCAUUAAUUAUAUUUCAAUAUUAGUUAAUACAUAGGUCAUAAUAUUUCAGGGACUGGCAUACCUGGGUUGUCAAACUUGUGCUUCAUUAUUGAUGCUACUUGUAGAUAUAGUUUUAACCCUGCUUUGUGCAAUAGCAGGGGGUUGAGAAUUCUCAAAUGGGUCAACAUAUGAAGACAUGUAGCACAUUCCUUCAUCAUCCAGUGACAGUAAUAUCUUGGUUUUGUUUUUGUCUUCAUGAAGUGCUGUGCUUCCUUCUCUCUUCAAGUGAGCUUUCCAUUUGGUUUUAUGUCAUUAUUCCUCAAUUCCAUCUUUCCUUUAUUCUUUCACCAUCUCAUUAUGAGACUCCAUAUGGUCAUGUCUGCCCUUUUCUUGUUUGAUUGGCUUAUUUGGAAUAUAUCUUUGAAGAUUUGUGAUAUCUAA